GUGUGUGUGUGUGUGUGUGUGUGUGUGUGUGUGUGGGGCAGACGGUGAUUGGGGGGGAGGGGGUGUGUAUCACAUAUUAAAUGGCGGAUCGCCGGUUUGUUAAGUGAUGCGGAGUUGUCGGUUGCUGCCUGAUGUCUCGAGUUGGGGACGGACAGAGGUUUGGAGGCCGCUUUAGCAUUUUCCACCGCCCUGGGCCCCUUUGAGCGUCAUGGCCUCCGCUCUGGAGGAUCCAACCUUAGAACACAACUUUAAAGGUCAUAAAGAUGUGGUCACCAGUGUUGAUUUUAACCCAAACAACAAGCAGCUAGCAACUACCUCAUUUGAUAGGUGCCUUAUGAUAUGGAACUUGAAGCCACAAACCAGAGCCUACCGAUUUACAGGACACAAGGAUGCUGUGAUGUGUGUCCAGUUUUCCCCAUCAGGCCAGCUGGUGGCAUCUGCUUCACGAGAUAAAACUGUUAGACUCUGGACUCCAAAUGUUAAGGGAGCAUCAACUGCAUUCACAGCCCACAGUGCCGCAGUUCGCAGUGUUAACUUCUCCUGUGAUGGGAAUUUCCUAGUUACGGCAGCCGAUGACAAAUCAAUAAAGAUGUGGAACGCUCAUCAACCGCGGUUUUUGUUAUCCCUUAAAGGGCACAAUAACUGGGUUCGUUCUGCCAGGUUCUCUCCAGAUGGAAGACUUGUAGUUUCCUGUAGUGAUGACAAAACUGUUAAGAUUUGGGACACAGUGAGCAGAGAAUGUAUCAAUACUUUCACUGAUCACAGAGGAUUUGCCAAUUUUGUGGACUUUAAUCCCAGUGGUACCUGUAUAGCUUCAGCAGGGACAGAUAAUACCGUGAAGCUUUGGGACGUUCGUAUAAACAAACUGCUACAACAUUAUGAAGUCCACAGUGCUGCGGUGAACUGCUUGUCUUUCCAUCCUUCUGGUAACUACCUUAUCACUGCAUCUACUGACUGUACACUCAAGAUUAUGGAUUUGUUGGAAGGAAGAUUAUUUUACACCCUUCACGGACACCAGGGUCCUGUAUUUGCUGUAAUGUUUUCAAGGCAUGGAGAGUAUUUUGCUUCUGGUGGAAGUGAUUCACAGGUAUUGGUAUGGAAGACAAAUUUUGACCGUAUUCCUUAUAACGAAGUUUUGAAAAGCCAUAGCAUAAGAACAAAUCCUGAUCCUGCUCCUCAUAUCACUGAUAUUCACCCAAGAAUUCCUCAUCUGCAUACUUCUGGACCUCAGAUGAUACAGAUUGAUCCCAGGAAACACAUAGCUGACAUGCAAUCAUCUGAUCCCCCAGUGGUGGACUUCGGAGUCGGCUUUUCCUCUAAACCCAAGUCAAGAGCAAAGGAGCCGAACUGUGCCUCACACUUAACGGACCAGGUGAGCAGCUCCCUUUAUCCUCCAUGCCCAGUAAGCUCCCGUGGAAUGGACCCAGCCAAUGGUGAACCUGUAACUAGUCCUCUGGAGGAGCACACAGGUAUCCCACCAAAGCUUGCCAGCACAUUAGGGCACAUUGUGGAGCAGCUGGAUGUUUUAACCCAGACAGUGUCAAUCUUAGAACAGCGUUUAACGAUGACAGAGGACAAACUCCAGGAGUGUCUAGAUAAUCAACAGACUGUGCAGCAAGAUGCAGAUUGCACUCAGAUGUCACUGGGUUCUGGCACUGAAACUGGAAAAUAGCUGCUACCAAAUCUCGCCAGAUCUAUUUUGUGUGCGACAUGACUAUCCAAUUCUAUUUCCUUUUGUAUAUAUUUCUUUAUAUUGACUAUUUCACAGACUAUCCAAGUGGAAUAAAUUGGACACCUGAACAUUUUCUAUCAUGACAUUUUCCUUUCUGUAAUGAGGAUUAAUUCCUUCAUACAUCGUUUGACGUGUUCAAGGCUGUGUAUACUCUGAGGCACAUAAUCAGGGUGAAAGCUAAAACGAGAGUGAAUGUGAAUUGUUUUUCACAUGAUUCUAUGCAACUACUUAAAACCGUCACUUUGAAUUUGUAUUGAUUCAAAUUCUGUUUGACUUGUAUUCAUUGCCAUCAGAAAGUGGCCCUUUAUAUCACAGAUGCUUUUUAAUGCAACUUUUAUAAUAAAAUCUCUAUCAU